AUGUCUCUGCCGGGCCUUGGACUAGACGAGCCCGAAGAGGUUCAUACAGCCGAGACCAGUCAGCAUGACCUAGCCAAAGAUAACGAAUGGCGCUUCGAGGUCGCCGUUGGGAAAUACAUUCAGCUUAAGUUGCUGAGAGGCACCGCCGAGUUAUUUGGAACCGAACUCGUCAUUGGAAACACCUACACCUUCACAGCCACCAAAGCCGCGAUUUACACCUGGCAUGGCUGUUCCUUCGAGGUCCGCGGAGAUGCUCUCCAGAGCGAGUAUAUCGCUGAAGAAACGCCCAUGAGUGAAUACAUCAAUGUACAUUUCGCGCUUGAGACCCUCCGCGAUCAAGCCAAGGCGCAUGGCCGCCAGGGGCCACGGGUGCUGAUACUGGGACCUGAUAACGCAGGCAAGAGUUCGCUGGCCAAGAUCCUCACAGGAUAUUCGAAUCGAUCUUCCCGUUCACCACUCGUGCUUAACUUGGAUGUCAAGGAGGGAGUGAUGAGUAUACCAGGCACUUUCACUGCAACUGUGUUCAAGACCUUGAUGGACAUCGAAGAAGGGUGGGGCACUGCACCCAUGAGCGGUCCGAAUGGAGCCAUCCCUGUCAAACUGCCGCUGGUGUAUUUCUACGGUAGUCCCAGACCGGAGGAAAAGGAGGGCAAGGUAUACAAGGCCCAAAUACGUCGCCUAGCGCUCGCUAUCAGCGGACGACUCGCCAACGACGCCGAAACCAGAGAAAGCGGACUCAUCAUCGAUACUCCUGGUAGUCUCACGUCCAGCAAAACGGGCCAGGUGGGCUACGAUAUUAUUCAAGAUAUUGUGUCGGAAUUUGCCGUCUCGACCAUUAUCUGUCUAGGAUCAGAAAGGCUGUACAGUGACAUGGUCAAAAGGUUUGACAGGCAACCUACAGUUUCUCGAUCCACCACUGCUGGUCACGCUGAGACAAUCUCGGUGAUCAAGCUCACCAAGUCGGGCGGCUGCGUCGACCGCGAUGAAGCAUACAUGCAAGCGUUUCGUGCAGCGCAGAUCAAAGCAUACUUCUAUGGCAACCCACGACUCAGCAACGGGAUCUCGCUACAGCCACGCCAGCAGCAAGUGGACUUUUCGACUCUGACUGUCUGGCGGCGGAUCAGCAGUACCCCUGAUCCGUCAUCGUCAGCAUCUGUCGGAGCCAGCUUCGACGACGAAGAUGAAGAAACCUUCCUGCCCGGUGGGAUGACUGAUGAUGCAUCUGGGACAUAUCCCGGAGGAUCCUCAUCCAAGGUGGCUCUCCCGGCAUCACAAAUCUACGAACGAGUCUCUGCGCCUUACGCCGCAAUGCGCAACGCCAUCCUCGCUGUGAUGAACUGCGAAGCUGAAGCCGAACAGGAAACCAUUCGAGACAGCAGUGUGAUGGGCUUUCUCUAUGUCACGGACACAGACGAGGCGCGAGGUCGCAUUAGUCUGCUGAGCCCCGUGGCUGGCCGAGUUCCCGCCCGCGCCAUCGUCUGGGCAGGUUGGCCGGAGCCAGUUCUUGGGAUAGACAGAUCUUGA